CGAGGCGACUAGUCUCUGUCUCUAAACCAUGGCUCCUGUUUCAGACCCGAGCUCCUUCUCUUCUUCAUCAAAGUGCACUACCAAGCACUUAAAUCUGACAUAUCAUGUGGAUUUCGACAGGCAUGUGCUCAAAGGGAAGGUCGCACUGACUGUGGAAGUUCUGGAAGAUAAAUUCUCUUCUCUGACUCUGGACUCCAAGGACUUAAAGAUCUUCAAGGUUUUUGCCAAUGGCCAGGCAGCUCAGUUUGCUUUGGGGGCUCAGCACAGAUUUAAGGGAACCCCUCUGGAGAUCACUCUGCCUUUUAAGCUCUCACGUGGGCAGCACGUGAUUGUGGAGAUUGAAUAUGAGACAUCUCCUAGUGCUACAGCACUGCAGUGGCUGACUCCUGCACAGACUGCUGGAAAGAAACAUCCCUACCUUUUCAGCCAGUGCCAGGCCAUUCACUGUAGGACCAUGGUGCCCUGCCAGGACACUCCAUCAGUGAAGCACACUUACUAUGCGCAGGUGUCUGUCCCCAGAGAGCUGGUGGCUUUAAUGAGUGCAUUGCGGGAUGGUCAGGAACCGGAUCCAAACGACAGCAGCAGAGUUCUAUAUCGCUUCAGGCAGCCGGUCCCCAUGCCCUCUUACCUCAUUGCCAUUGUAGUUGGUGAUUUGGAAAGCAGGGAAAUCGGUCCUCGGUCCAGAGUUUGGUCUGAGAAGGAGUAUGUUGAUGAGGCCGCUUUUGAGUUCUCAGAGACUGAAACCAUGUUAAAGACGGCUGAGAAUCUGGCCGGGCCAUACGUGUGGGGCCAGUAUGAUUUACUGGUGCUGCCUCCAUCUUUUCCAUACGGAGGCAUGGAGAACCCCUGCCUCACAUUUGUCACUCCAACCGUACUGGCUGGAGACCGGUCCCUCGCUGGGGUAAUCGCUCAUGAGAUUUCUCACAGCUGGACAGGAAAUCUGGUGACCAAUAGGACCUGGGAGCAUUUCUGGUUGAAUGAGGGUCAUACAGUGUAUAUUGAGAGAAUGAUCGCCAGGUGCAUGGAGAGUGAACAGCUCAGGCAGUUUAAAGGCAUAGGAGGAUGGAAAGAGCUUCAGGAAUCUGUGCAACAGUUUGGAGCUAAUAAUGUCCUGACAAACCUGGUCCCAAAUCUGCAUGAGGUGGACACGGAUGAGGCUUUCUCCAGUGUGCCCUAUGAGAAAGGAUUCGCUCUGCUAUAUCAUCUCGAGGAACUCAUGGGAGGUCCAGAGGUCUUCAUGGGCUUUGUGAAGUCCUACAUUCAGCUGUUUGCCUAUGGCAGCGCGACCACAGAAGAAUGGAAGAACUAUCUGUUCACUUACUUCAAAGAUAAGGUGGACAUCUUGAAUAAAGUGGACUGGAAUGCAUGGAUGCACACUCCAGGAAUGCCUCCCAUCAAACCAAAGUAUGACACCACAAUGGCUGACGCCUGCACUUCUCUGUGUCAGAGAUGGGUAAAGGCAAAAGAAGGAGACCUUGCAAGUUUCAGUGAGGCAGAUGUGAAGAAAUUAAACUCUCCUCAGCUCAUUGAGUUCAUGGCUUUGCUACUGCAAGAGGAGCCCCUCCCUCUGUCCCACGUGAAGAGGAUGCAAGAGGUUUACCAGCUAAACAGUAUUAAAAAUGCAGAGGUCCGCUUCAGAUGGUUGCGUGUGUGUGUCAAGGCACACUGGGAGGAAGCCGUUCCCCUGGCACUUAAGAUGGCUACUGAACAGGGCAGGAUGAAAUUCACCCGUCCCCUCUUUAAGGAAGUGUACAACUUCCCUAAGUACAGUGACAAGGCAGUGAAGACUUUUAAGGAGCACCGUGGAGCAUUGCACCCCGUCACAGAAAUGCUGGUGGCCAAGGAUCUGAAAAUUGCUAGUUAAAACACUGGAUUUUAACCUUCUCAAAUGCUGGCAGCAUUCUGUGCAAAAUUAGUCUUCAAAUGUAUAACUACUCAUCAAACCUUUAGCAAACAGGUUAAUGUGCAUAAUGGUUUUCUUACCCAAAGCUUGCACAUUUUUUUAAUAUCGUAAUGUUUCAGUCUCAGGGCUUGUGUAAGGAAAGUGAGGAAUCUUUCAGAUCACACUUUUUCAAUUUCAGGUUGUUGGUGUUAAAAAAGAAAGAAAAAGAGCAUACCUUAGUAUGAAUGAUCAACUAUAGCCUUUUAUACAGUAUGAUCUCCUAUGUAAUGCUCUAAUAAAAUCAUCUGUACAAGA